UCGUAGUCGGGGCAUUGAAUUGCCGGUUCGGCUUAAUUAACCGCCGGGAGCUGCAUAAAUACCUGGCACGCACAGCUCUCAAGUUGCAGCUGCAAUCACCAUAGGAGCAAGAGCAAUCACCAUGCCUUCCCCUUCCUCGGCCCACUGGCUGAGCCUCGUCGGGAGCAUCUGGCUGCAGACCAUCAACGGGCCCAACGCGGACUUCCCCGUCUACUCGUCGCAGCUCAAGGACCUGAAGCACAUCACGCAGGUGCAGCUCAACUUCCUGGCGUUCGCGUCGGACGCGGGCAAGCUCUUCGGAUGGUUCUCCGGGGUGGCGGCGCUGUACCUGCCGCUGUGGCUCGUGGCCUUCGUCGGCGCCGCGUUCGGCCUCGUCGGCUACGGGGUCCAGUACCUGUUCCUCGACAGCGCGGGGCUCCGGUACUGGCACCUCUUCCUGCUCACCUCCCUGGCCGGGAACGGCAUCUGCUGGAUCAACACCGUCUGCUACCUCCUCUGCAUCCGCAACUUCGGCACCAGCAGCCGCGUCGCGGUGAGCCUCGCCACCAGCUACCUCGGCCUCAGCGCCAAGGUCUACACCAGCCUGGCGGAAUCGGUGCUGCCCGGGAUGGCCGCCAGCUCCAAGGCCAAGACGUACCUCCUCCUCAAUGCCGUGGUGCCGAUGCUCGUCACCGUCGUGGUGGCGCCGUCGCUCAGGGUGGUGGACCUCACGAGCGAGGCGAGCACGGACGCGGCAUUCCUCGUAAUGUUCGCCAUCACGCUCGCCACGGGCGCCUGCGCCGUGGUCGGCAGCAUCGGCUCCACGUCCGGCAGCGGGCUGUCGUCGAGGGAGCACGUCAUCAGCCUCGGCGUGCUGCUGGCCACCCCCGUGCUCAUCCCGCUGGUGCUCAGAGUCCGGGAGAGCCUCAACAAGAUACGGGAAACCAAACGGGAGAAUAGGAUCCACGACCUCGGCACCGACGACGCCGACAACGCCGGGGCCGCUGUCGUCGUCAUCGACCUAGCCGCCGCCGCCGCCGACGCCGAGAGUAAUAAGGAGGGAGACGGCGUCACGGCGGAGAAACCGCAGGAGGAGAUCGGCGGCCUCCGGCUGCUUCGGAAGCUGGACUUCUGGCUCUACUUCUUCAGCUACAUGUUCAGUGGCACCCUGGGCCUGGUGUUCUUGAACAACCUGGGACAGAUAGCCGAGUCGCGACGGCUUGGCCAGACUUCCACGCUCGUCUCGCUGUCGUCUUCGUUUGGAUUCUUCGGCCGCCUGCUCCCUUCCUUCUUGGACUACUACUCCGCGAAGAGUGGCUACUCCAUCUCACGGACGGGCUCCAUGGCGUCGCUGAUGGCGCCCAUGUCGGGCGCCUUCUUCCUUCUGCUCAACUCGAGCGACCUGUUCCUGUACCUGAGCACGGCCGUGAUCGGGACGUGCACGGGCGCCAUCACGUCGGUGGCCGUGUCGGCGACGAGCGAGCUGUUCGGGACCAAGAACUUCGGCGUCAACCACAACGUGGUGGUGAGCAACAUCCCCGUCGGCUCCCUCUGCUUCGGCUACUUCGCCGCCUACCUCUACCAGCGCGGGGCGCGGGGCGGCGGCACGCACCAGUGCAUCGGCGACGCCUGCUACCGGGAGACGUUCGUCGUGUGGGGCGCCACCUGCGCCGUCGGCACGCUGCUCUGCGCCGUCCUCUACGCCCGGUCGCGCAGCUUCGCGGGGAAACUAGCAUCAGUAAGGACACCAUGCCUCGCCCGGUUAGCUAAUUGCCUCACCAAGUCGUCGUCGUCGUCAUCGUAGGUGGUAGCAGGCAGGCUCUCCAGAAGUUUCUGAUCUGAGGGCCUGAUUAAUCAUACACCCAUCGAUCGAUCAAGCAUCUCUGCCUGUAGGCGAUGAUGCAACUUUUGAUCCUUCCUUCUUUUUCUUUUUUUACUUCGAGUUUCUCUUGACUGAUCCCGGUGGAAGGGGGUACAUAAAAAAAAUGGCCUUGGGGGAGGCUGAUCAUGAGUAGAUAUUGUGCAGCAGGUUGGCCACCUUUUUCACUUGUUAUUAGUGCAUAUAGUAUAUAUAUGCAAAUAUAAAUAUGAGUGGUACACUUAAAAGCUUGGAAGGAAUUCAGGUUUUAGAUC